UUAAGUUAACAUUAACCAAUUUGGUGAGCUAAGUCAAGGGCUCUGUUAUUUACAAGUGUCAGGAAUCACUUUAGCUGAGACAAAGAUGUGGUGUAAACACUCUAAGGCUAAUAGCGAGAGGUUCUGUGAUGAAGGUGUCUCAACCAUAACCUCUGAUGAGCAAGUUAGAGUUGAAAAAAGUGUUGCAGCUAUUUUUAACUACUUCUUGAACACUGGGAAUGAUGCAAAGGAGCCAGUGUUACAUCGUGAACGACACAUUGCUUACCUGAAGAAAGGACUGAAGCAUCUGCCGGAAGGUUUUGUGAGUUUGGAUGCCAGCCGUCCAUGGUUAGUCUACUGGGCUGUGCAUGCAUUAGAACUUUUAGAUGUGAGGCUGACGAAUGAUGAAGCAGCUGGCAUAAUAGACUUCUUGAAGCAUUGCCAGAACCCUGAAGGUGGCUUUGGAGGGGGUCCAGGCCAGUACUCCCACCUUGCCCCCACAUAUGCUGCUGUUAAUGCUCUUGCCAUUAUCGGCACUAAGGAAGCUUAUGAUGCAAUUAAUAGGGAAAAGCUUCAAGAAUUUUUGUGGGAUAUGCACACUGAUGAAGGAGCAUUUCGUAUGCACGAAGGUGGAGAAGUGGAUAUUCGUGGGGCUUACUGUGCAAUCUCUGUUGCACGACUUACUAAUGUGUAUACAGAUCAUCAGUUCUCUGAAACAGCCCAUUGGAUUAUGCGGUGUCAGUCGUAUGAGGGCGGGUUCAGUGGAGCACCGGGCAUGGAGGCUCACGGUGGCUACACUUUCUGUGGCUUGGCUGCGUUAACACUCCUUCACGCACACCACCUCUGUCACACUCCAGCGCUCUUGAGAUGGGCAGUGAACCGUCAGAUGCGAUUUGAGGGAGGUUUCCAAGGUCGCACCAACAAAUUAGUGGAUGGUUGCUACUCAUUUUGGCAAGGAGGACUGUUCCCAAUUCUGCAUACUCUUCUUACUCAAGAAGAUGCAGUAAAUAUGAGUGCUGAACAUUGGAUGUUCCAACAGGAGGCGCUCCAAGAAUACUUAUUACUUUGUUGUCAACAUUCACGAGGUGGAUUGGUUGACAAACCUGGAAAGGGACCUGACUUCUACCACACAUGCUAUACACUGAGUGGUAUGUCUGUGGCACAACAUUUCUCUGCAGCUUCUAUACACAAAAAAAGUGUUGUUGGUCACCCGUCCAAUGAGCUGAUGUUAGUGCACCCGCUGUACAAUAUUGGGGUCGAGUCCGCUGUGUCGGCUACACAGCACUUUAACAAUUUACUGGUGCCUCAGACAAGAAUAUGCAGUGCACCAUAUUCUAAUAAUAUCAACAGUCAGCAAGAACAGGUUCAAACAUAAGAAUCAUUCUGCUUUUAGGAGCAUAUUUCUGAAUAGAUUUUUUAAGUCUUGUUAUAACAUGAAGUACCCAAAAAGUUUGUAAAUAUUAUAUGAAAGGGAGAUAAGGAUCCUUCUGAGAUCAGUUGAGGUACUGAAGUGAGUUUGAACAGCUUGGAAACUUUAAAGGAAGAAAUUUACAUUUAUGUGGAAUGAGACGAGUGUGUUGUGAUGGUAUGUCAUCAACCCAGUGCACCGUAUAUGGGGUGUCCACAAGUAAAGUGAUGAAGCGACCCGCCUCUUGAAUGCUAUUUUAUGUCAUAUCAGAAUAUCCCUGUAAUUUUUCCAUCCCAAAUUUGCUUUGUUUAUAGUGUAUGAGCGCACGAGUUUGAGCUAAAAUUCAGUGUUGUCUUAAGAAUUGUUUACUUUACUCCUCAUUGGUCAUUUGUCUUAACAUUCUGUACAGUACUAGAGUGUACAGUAUCCUCAGUGCCUCUAGGGUAAAAACAUAAAUACUAUGUCUUUAAUGUUUCAUUUCUUGGAGAAGCAUUAAAUAUUGUUAACACUGUGCAUUUCAUUAAAUAAGUUUUUAAAGGUUUAAUAAAUAAAUAUCAAAUAAAGACAAUUGAUACGCUAAUGAAAAAUUUAGUUUCCCUGGUUGUCAAUAAAUGUCAACCCGACUCAUUAAUAAAUACAUUAGUUAUCUAACAUCUAAUUUUAAUAUUACAAUCAACAGUAAUAGGAAAUGUUUUUAUUGAAACUAUAAUAUUUGAUUAAAUUAACUGCGAAUCAGUAAGUGCUACAAUGUACGAUAGUUCUUGGAUGGUCAGACAUGCACAUUGCCUUGUGAACUAGUAUCUGCUACACGGUUCUGUAAACAUAUUUUAUUGCAUGUUUUUGACAAUUAUUUAUAGUUAACAUUAAUCGUAAUGCUUUACCAUGUUUAUUUUGUUUUUAUGUAUACAUUACUUUUGUUUAAUGUUGAAAAUUCUGGAUUUUAGGUGUCAGUUCCCCACACCCCAAUUUAUAAUGUUGUAAUUAACUUCAACCUGCACGGAUUCCACCUGAGUGAGCAUCUUUAUUCCCCAUUACCUCGCACAGGUCGAGGAUCACCGUACGUCCGGCCAGUUAUCAUAUUUAUUACUUUAAUAGACUACAGUAAGAGCCAAAAUACACAUAUUCUACAUUGUGUAUUAGCUACAUUCCUUUUGUGGACUGUAAAUAGCUUAAUUCUAUCCCAAGUUAAGGUGAUUUAAGUCUUAUAAACUUUAACUGCAUUUUCUCAAAACUACAGUUAUGUGUCUUGGUCACUUUACUACUUCUGGACGCCUCAUAUUUGUUUCAGGAGUGCUAAGGGAACAGUCAGCCAACAAAGGUAUUUUACUUGGCAAGCCAUAUUGUGUUAGGUGAAGGUUUAAUUUCAACUGUUACUAUUGGGACUCUGAAUACAGAUUUUAUAUGUAUUAUAAACCUCUUUGUUUUGCCUACUUAAAUAUUAAAUAAUGUUAUAUUAUUACCUAAUAUUUAAAUCAACAUGUUCAGGUAAAAUUUUUGAAGUUGCAAGUGGUGUCUGUGAUUUCAUUGUGAUAUUUUUUUUUCAGUGUUUUGUAAAAUUUGGUUAGGUUGACAACACAAGUACAGUAUGUACACAUUUCACUAAUGGUAGAAUGAUGCAGUAAUGAAGGUGAAUGUUCUUCCAUUUUAUUAAAUCUCUCUCCAUCUGUAUCAUAUUGCCUUAUAAUGUGUUCACACCAGGGUGGCACUUACAAAUUCUUCCUCAAGUAGUACAGUACACCCAGACAAUUCGCGGAUUUUUAUUUCACAGUCCUCUAUUAUUCGCAGCUGACACCCUGGAUGUACCCAAGAAUGUCUGCUGGUAGUUUUAAAGUUGCCAGCAUUUCCGCGGCUGGGACAGGGAGCCAUUGUAUAUGUGUGUGUGAAGACACACACACAAAAAACACAUACAAAUAAAUAAUAUUGGGAAAAUCAUCUCAAAUAAUCAGAAAUAAAUUUAUUAAAAAUGUGACAGUCUCAAGUCUACUCCAUGUUU